UGUUUUUGAAGGUUCACUGGACACUUUGUGGCCCAACAAGGUCACAUGUCCUCCUGACAAAAUGGCUCCCUGAAACAGGCACCGUUCUGUUACCUGGAUUAAUUGGUAACUCGGAUGAAAACAAGGUGAACGUUGAAUAUUCUCUGAAUCAGUGGGUCCGAUUUUAUCGACUUUCCUUUCCUUAUGACCUUCAGGUGACCUCUGGCUCACCGUGGCGUAAUGACCGUUGGGCAAAAAUUAACCAACGUGACACAAGAACUACCCUCAGCAAGGUCAGUGAACGCACCGUUGAAUAUGACCCUCACCAACGUGUCUUUCUACACGUAGAGUUACGGCCAGUAUCUUAGCCAUUGGAGUCGCAGAACUGACUAGUUCACUUGUGGUGUCUUCCUCCGUCUGGUGAAGAUGUUGUUACUUCCCGCAGUAAAGUCUGAGGAGAGGAGAGUGAGAGGAGCUCUCCCCGGAGCCUCGGCGUUGUGUGAGAUGGUGUGUAGCUGCUGGACCUCUGUGCGUCAUUUGAAUCUGAUUUAUGGCAGCACUGAAAUAGUGGGACAGAAAUAGCCUCGGAGCAGAUGAAGUGAAGCUCCCUCUGUGGUGUCAGACAUAAUCCCUUCACCACCACCAAGAUGCUGAGGCCAAGCGCGGCCUGACUCUGUGCAACGGUGCCAGCGUUUCCAUGCGGCGCGACCCUCCCGACUCCUCCCACGGUGCCGGCUGUAUAAUUCCUGAGAGGUGAAGCCCCGGCAGCGCCUUCAUAAAGCUGCUGGAUGCAGCCCUGAGGCACAAUGUGUGUGUCAUGUUCGCCUGACAGGCCGACUCUCUGCUCCACCGCUGCGCUCGCACGUCCCGCUGCUUUGCUGAGCUGCCUGACCAGGUGCACCAUGGUGGCGUUUAAAGGGAUCUGGACCAAGGACUUCUGGAGGGCCGUGUCCGGCGAGUUCCUGGCCACCCUCAUCUUCGUCCUCCUGGGUGUGGGCUCCACCAUGAAGUGGGCCGCUGGCGAGGAGAAGCCGCCCCCGGACGACCUGGUCCUCAUCUCCCUCUGCUUCGGCCUCAGCAUCGCCACCAUGGUGCAGUGUUUCGGCCACAUCAGCGGCGGACACGUGAACCCGGCCGUCACCGCCGCCAUGGUGGUCACCAAGAAGCUGAGCCUGGCGAAGGCGCUGUUCUACGUGGUGGCUCAGUGCCUGGGAGCCGUCACGGCGGCUGGGCUCCUCUACUUAGUGACACCCGCUGCCGUGAGAGGAGGACUCGGCGUCACCACGGUGAACGAGCGCAUGUCUCAAGGACACGGCCUCCUGGUGGAAGUGCUCAUCACAUUUGAGCUGGUCUUCACCGUGUUUGCCACCUGCGACCCCAAACGCUCGGACCUCGGCGGCUCCGCCGGAUUGGCCAUCGGCAUAUCGGUCGCCAUUGGUCACCUGUUCGCGAUCCCCUACACGGGGGCCAGCAUGAACCCGGCGCGCUCAUUCGGGCCCGCGCUGGUGACGCUGAACUUCAAGGACCACUGGCUCUACUGGGUGGGGCCCGUCCUGGGAGGCCUGCUGGCCGCCGGCCUGUACGAGUACCUCUACUGUCCCGACCCUGAGCUGAAGAAACGGCUGAAGCAGGUCUUUCAGAAGGACGCGGCGGGAAAAUACCGCGAGGUGGAGACGGAGGAAAUUGCCAUCAAGCCGGGCUCGAUCCACGCCAUCGAUCUGGAGACGGCGGAGAAAAAAGACCCCUUCCAGGACUCCACGGGGGACGUGCUGUCCUCAGUAUGACUAUCACGCGCACUGGAGAUAGAGACCAAUCUGUAGAGCCCAGCCAUGAGCUGCACGCCAUCCGUCUUCAGCCUGUCCUCUUUAAAUACACUCCAGUGGGAUUCGGAACCGCCGGGCGUUCGGGCCUCCACUUUGAUUGUGGCAGAGCUAUUACCGUUAUUAUUCCUCUGGCUACCAGCGAUUUAGCGCCGCAACAGCCGGCCAUGCGUCAAGUUAAAGAGUCUAUAUAAGGGUCCGGCCAUUACGCGGGGUCAUCAGGCCGGAGCGGGAGUGGAGAGCAGGACUGGAUAUUUGGGGGUUAGAGUCACCUCUGGUCGACGCUGCUCGUGGUCUUUACGCACAUGACAGGACUCUGCUUUCAGUGCAUUCGUCAGGAAGAAAAAAAAAAUAAGAUUCCCAUGUUGUUUUUCUGAUGCAGUGUUCGGAUGAUUCUUUUUUUUUUUUACAGUUAAAAUCAAUUUUCAUGAGAGAAAAGUGUAUUAUAACUCAAAUGUUGUAUGAUCAUGGGUGUGAAUUUAUUCAACGGUGUCCUGUGUUGCGUUUUCUUUCCACAAAUAUCACUGUUUUCUGCUGCCUGUCUGUGGCUGGAUCGUGGGGGCAGCGGGUGAACUGAAGAGCUCCAGAGUUCUCUUUCCCUGGCCUGGUUUUUUUUUAGAUUUUUUUUUUUUUUAGAGUAGAGAUUUUGUGAUUCAUUAAUCUCAAUUAAUCGCAGUUUAAUGGGAUGCAAAUAUUUGCCACAAGAAGUCACAUUUUUCAACUUGGUAUAUUACUGAAUCAAAUGAUGGACCCAUACAUACAUUUAAACAACAAAAUAUUGUUUAUUUUGCAUCAGUUUGACAGUAGCAGAAUAAAUCACGAUGGUGGCUAAAUUCAAGUUUUUAUAUCACCUUAUUUAAACUAAAGCUCUUUUAACGUCUUGAAAAUAUUUGUAUCAGAAUUUCAAUUUUAUAAUUAAAUUAAAUUAGAUUUUGUAUCUAAAAACCCAGAUUUAAACAGGUCGCCCUGUAACGUGGCUCCUGGUGACAUCACUCCUGCAGAGACCAACAGCAUGCAGUUUGUUUUUCAACUCUUAUUUAAAGUGAAACAAAUGUAAACCGAGAAUUUCCAAUAUUGAGUUGAGGAGUUUUUACCUGUUUCACCAAAUACAAGCAACAAGUUCAGUGCUAGUUUCCUCCCUGAGUCUUGGUACAUUUUUCAUAAAGCCUCUGCAGCAAAACUAUUUUCUGCCGUGUUUUGUUUGUGCCGUGUUUGUUAUCAGCAGCAGCUUUUGCAAGAGUCAAUUCCUGGCACGUUUUCUUCCUCCUUAGAAACUGCCAGCAGAUGAACGAGGGGUUGUUGGAGAACCUUCCUGAAUCAGAGAAAUGUUCAUUGUCAGUGCAGAGUUCAGGAAUUUGUCGUGUUGUUGGUUUUCCCUCAUAAACUGAGAAGUACGAGGCACACCUGAAGUGGCCACGCCCACCUGAAUGUGCGCUUCUGUGCAGUUUGGCUGUGACAAAGUCAUAAACCAAGUCACUUAGCUCUGUCCCAGACUCGCCUCAUCCCUGUCCCAGCUCCAGCCCACAACAGGACAUCAAACCCUGGAGUGGAGGUGUGGAGAGUGAGCACCUCCCCUGUGACACUCUACCACGGUCCAGUGUGGAGACAGGAAAGGUUUUACACCUCAGUAUGAAGAAAAAACAGUCAGUAAAUGUAGCUAACGGGACACGUCUGCAUACAGAGGCUGUUAUACACAAUAACAAAGUGCGUCGUGGGUCAGCUGAGCGGUCCACGUUAUGUUUUUUUUCUAUCUUAUUUCGGGGCCGUUCGAGUUCUGGAUUUUCGUUUGAAAUCCCAACCAAAAAAAUUUUUUUGUUCGAACUCCGAUUUGUUUGAAUUCCUGGACGUUCGAAAACCAAGGCACCACUGUAUUCUGAAUUUAAUCUUUGUCAUUUAUAAGGAGCUGAAUUGUGUUAAAGGAUCAUUGGAUUCAACUACUGCACUGCUUUUUUAUAUAUAGCUUAUUUUAAAUAAUACAUUUUUUAAAUAUAUUUUUUCAUUUAUACUUUUUUUGUACACAUGGCAACUGAAUGCUGGUUUGUAGCCAAACAAUUUCAACAUAGUUCUGACCUCCUUAUUUCAAAGGCAGUUAAGUUAACAUUUACUGGUUUGAUCUGGAGCUGUGUGCUUUAUUAUUGAUAUUUUUCAUAAUGGAGUUUGUUUUGUGUCAACAAGGCUGUCGUCGGUGGGAGGCAUUGGUUAGAUUUGUGCCAGAUUUCUCCACGCAAAAGCAGCACAACCUCCCACUGCUGUAGGGAAACUCUCGCACCUGAGGCUCGCGGAUGAGAUGGAAGUCGUGCAGGGAGCAGGUUUUUGUAAGUGUGUGUCAACACACGCCUUGGUUUUUACCUCCAUUUUUUUUUUUUUUUGUUCAUGCAGUUCCUGCUGCCGGAGCUGUCAGCAGUGAAAUCUUGGAGGGUUAUUCCUCUGUUCCUCCCAGAUCAACAAGUUCUCCUCUACUUCACAUGUGCGAUCCUGAACCUUCACAUGCAGCAACAGCACCAUCUGCCGGCCGCAGCUCGCCCUGCAGCUGCUGGGUGUCUCUCCAGGCGAGGGCAGCCGAGAGCCUCGACAGGUUCAAGCACAGAGAGAGACAGAACAUGCGUCACUCAUGAGGCCAUGAGGCCAUUUGAAAACGGUCCAGGAUGUUCAUUCCCAGCUACAGAGGUUGACUGUUGCUCACACAGCCAACAGCCACUCUGCUCUCCACCUUCAUUUCAGAGAAACGCAGGUUGUGUGGAGAAUCAUCAUUCUGGCUGUUCUUCAAGUGCAUGUGUUGGUUCUUCUUUAUUCUGCUCGUCUGUCCAGAAGUGGAUUCACGAGGGAAUAAUAUUUAAAGAGUGACAUCCAUGUUUGAGAGUUGUCAGAGUCAAUAUUUGCUAUAACAUGACUCUGGAUUUUUCUCCUUUUAUAAGGGCUGUGUAGUACAGAGCCCUUUUUUUUGGGAUGUGACAUGCAUGACUUUAUUUUUUUUUAGCCCGAGAUAACAGUUACCUCGAGAGUAUUUUUUAAAUUGUAUUUAUUUUUUGCUUGUGAUAACUCUCCAGGUCGGUGGAGAGUUCUUGCCUCAAGUGCUGGAGUUUAAGUAUCUCGGGGUCUUGUUCUCGAGUGAGGGAAAAGGGGAGCGUGAGAUUGAUAGACGGGUUGGUGCAGCGGCAGCAGUGAUGCGGUCGCUGUAUCGGACCGUGGUGGUGAAGAGGGAGCUGAGUCACAAGACGAAGGUCUCGAUUUACCAAUCGAUCUACGUUCCCACCCUCAGCUAUGGUCACAAGCUUUGGGUCAUGACCGAAAGGAUGAGAUCGCGGAUACAAGCGGCUGAGAUGAGUUUCCUCCGCAGGGUGGCUGGGCCCCGCACCCUUAGAGAUAGGGUGAGGAGUUCGGUCAUCCGGGAGGAGCUCGGGGUGGAGCCGCUGCUCCUCCACAUCGAGAGGAACCAGCUGAGGUGGCUCGGGCAUCUGAUGCAGAUGCCCCCUGGACGCCUCCCUGGGGAGGUGUUCCGGGCAUGUCCUACCAGGAGGAGACCCCGGGGAAGAUCCAGGACACGCUGGAGAGAUGAUGUCUCCGGUCUGGCCUGGGAACGCCUCGGGAUCCCCCGGGAAGAGCUGGAGGAGGUUUGUGUGGAUCGGGAAGUUUGGGCUUCCCUGCUCCGAAUGCUGCCUCCGCGACCCGACCCCGGAUAAGCGGCAGAAGAGGGUGAAGGUGAAGGCUGGUGAUAUAUUGCACCUUUGUUUUCUUGGUCUAUCUCUGGUGGCCUGCAGUCACCUGACCUGACUGAAGGCUUCCCAGCUAGAUUAUUCAAGUCCUCCCUUGUCACACCUCUUCAUUCAGUUCAGCCAAGGACCUUCCUGCUUUUCUUCCACCUCUCCACAUGUCCAUCUUCAGCUCCUCAGAAACCCUGACUCACAGAGAUGCUCAGUUACUGUCCAAAUUCUUGGAAAAAAAACCAGUCCCUUUAUGUGUAGCUCCCAAAAUCAAAACACGCUGAAUGUUUCUCAGAUAAAUGCAGAUUUCUUUCGCGUUCCACCCCGAACCUGUUUUUUCUUGAAAGAUUUGCAACUCCCAGCACGGAGCGCAGAGGGGCAGAGGAUAAAACACACACCUUUAAGAUCAUUAGCAAUUAAUAUUUGGGGAUUGCUGGAGAAAAACAGCGCUAAACACUUGUUUAAUAAUUCAUACUAUAAACAAGAAAGUCUCCCACUUCCUUAAUAAUUUAGACGUAAGCUAAUGUUGAUUUAUUCAGGAAGGUCUGUGCCACCAGCGCCGCCUGCAGUGCCCAAAUUUGAAUUAAAGUAGGACAGUGGCAAGCGACUCUGUAAUAACAUUUGUAUAAUUUUAUUAUUGCUCUGGGCUGAGUUCAUUUCCUCCUCCAGUAGCUGCGUGAAAUUGUUUGAUUCUGGAAACUGCCUUGAGUCUGCGGCUCAGGGGUUGGAGGGUGGUACAGGAAGAGGAAGGCGCGCGACACACACACACACACACUCGGGGUCUGGUGCUGUCACAAACACACUCAUAUCUCCACAUGCAGAGAUAAAUAACUUUGUCAUCCUGAGUUUGGUAAUACUGUUACACUGGCUCACUUAAUAACUCCAGCUGUCGCGGGAGCCUGAUGGAUGCUCUCACUCACCUUGUCACUCAUGAUGAAUAUUGUGCCAAAUGUGAAUAAGAUAGCAAGGAGCUGUAAUAACUCAUUCAUUACAUUAACCCAUCGUUUGUGUCGGUGAGUCCCGACAGCCGCGCCGUCGCUUGAUCUCCGACGGAGUUUGACUCAAAACUUCUGCAACACUCAGUUUGCCUUUUUUUGUUUUUCAUCACUUCUUCUCUGUUGCUUCAACAGGAGUUUUACAUUUGAAGUUGUCACCACUGAACCAACAAGGAUUCACCUGACGUGCAGAUGGGAUCAGAGCCGACCCUUCUCACCCUGGUCAUGGACUGUGUGUUCCUCUUCCCUCUGGCAGGAGGCUACGGUCCAUCCAGACCAGAACCUCCCGUCACAGGAACAGCUUCUUCUCCUCG